AUGAAGAAUUAUCAUAUUUUAAAAGGCCUUUGUAAGAGAAUAUUUUUUAUCGGUUCAGGAAAUUUUUGGUACGAAGAUGAAGUAAUAGGAAACGAUAACAGUAUUCUUUAUAAAAUGUUAAAAUACAUUUUAUUUUCCAUUUACGGAUUUAUGACCUUGUUAGAGAUAAUGGCCGCUUUAAUUGGGGAAUUUUCUGAGGACGAGAAAAGCGAUUCGGUUACAUUCGCAGUGAGCCAUACAAUCGUAAUGAUAAAGAUAUAUUCAGUAUUAUCCAAUAAGGAAUCGGUGAAAAAAUUAAUCCAUGAUUUAAUAAAGGUCUGUGAGAUACACGAGGAAGAGUCUUUAAUGAAGAAAAAAUAUAGAAUUAUAAAAAUAAACGUUGUAGCUUAUUUUAUAACCGUCUACGGUUCUGCCGCAUGUUUCGUGUUUGAAGGCGUAAGGAAGACGUUAGAAGGAUCUCACUUUGUUACGGUCGUGACAUAUUAUCCACAAUUUGGUGAUAAUUCACUAACCGCCACGGUUGUCCGAAUCUUCAUGACGAUAAUUCUAUUUAUGCUGUUGCUAACAAUGAUAAUGACGGUUGACGGCUUCACUGUUGUUAAUCUAAUAAUUUUUAAAUACAAAUUCAUAACGUUGAGGAAUUAUAUCGACAAACUGAGAAUUAAUUUCGAAAACGAACUCAAAGAAAACAAAUCGAAAAUUGCUGCGAAAAAACUAACAAAAGGUCUUAUUGAUGGUAUAAUAAUGCAUAAAGAACUUUUAAGACUAUCAAAGGAAAUCGACAAAGCAUUUGGCACCGUUAUGGCUUUACAACUGUGUCAGAGUUCAGGCUCUGCAGUGUCCCUGCUUCUUCAGAUAGCCCUUUCAGAUAAACUAACGUUAGUAGCCGAAAUGAAGAUAUGUUUUUUCGUUGUCGCCCUAUUUUUCUUAUUGGGAGUUUUUCUUUGUAACGCAGGAGAAAUUACUUACCAGGCGUCUCUCGUAUCGGAAUCUAUUUUUUACUGUGGCUGGCACUUGAGUCCGUCGCCGCAACAACGCCAUCUUGGAAAACUCGUGUUAUUAGCGGGCGCUAAGGCCCAACAACCGCUGGUCAUGAAGGCUUUCAAGAUGUUAGAGCUGACAUACGGAACAUUUCUCUUAGUUGUUAGAGCAACAUAUUCCGUUUUUGCUUUAUUUUAUGCACAGAAUCAAUAA